AUGCGUAUCGCAUUUGCAGUUUUUCUUCUUUUCAUUGCUUACGUUGCUAGUUAUCCAUCACUUCGUGAAAUAGCAAAUGAUAAUGAUGGAAAUGACAAUGAUCUUGGUUUAGAGCUUCGUUCAAUUUUAAAUUAUCUUAGUAAUGAAAAAGAUAGUGAAGAACAAAUGAAACGAUCUUUUGAAACAGAUCAGGAUAAUGAAGAACGUGAGACUGAUGAUGAUUACUUAUUUAGCAAACGACAAGGUGGUCAUAGUAUCGUUGAUAAACAAAGUAAAUGUGAAAUCGAAUGUAUUCAUACACAACGAAAUCCAAAGACUGGUAAAGGCAAAACAAUUAAACAAGCAGCUAAAGCUUGUAAACAAAUAUGUCCCAAUCCAAACAAAGGAGGUCGUGGAAAUAAAAAAAAUACACAACGAACAGCCAAAGGUAAAUAUAUGAGUUUACGUCAAUUUGAUGAUGAUGACAGUAGUGAAGAACAACAAAAUCAACGUCGUGAAUUCUAUGACUAUCUUAUGGAACAACUUCAACGAAAUAAUAAUGAAUAA